AUGUUAUACUGCAAUCGAAUCCACUGCUGGAAUCGUUUGGUAACAGUGCUACAGUCAGAAACUGGAAUUCAAGUCGUUUUGGGAAAUAUGUCGAAAUUAUGUUCAGCAGAGGCGGCGAACCCAUUGGAGGAAAGGCAGGUUUCCAAUUUUUUGCUCGAGAAAUCCCGGGUGGUACACCAAAAUCAAGGAGAACGCAAUUUUCACAUAUUCUAUCAACUUUGUGCAGGGGCGGACGAAAAUUUAAAAAGUAUGUCUUUUAUUAAAUUUUUCUAUUUUGUUAACAACAGUCAGUACUCUAGACCAUGA